UCAUAGAGAAAUUAAUUUCGGGGUCUGCAAUGUCUUCUGAUCUCUUUGUUGAUGACAACUCCUUCUACCGCCAUUCCUUUGAAGAAGACCACUUCUCUGACCCCUUCUCUCCUUUCUCAGACUCAGCCAUUGAUAUACUCCAAGCAUUAUCAGACUCAAAGAACCUAGUUGGGGAGCAGCCUCAUUCUCUUGAGCAAAGCUCUCGAAAUCUUGUUUCUUCUUCACCCCCGAAUUACCAAUUGAAAAGUUUGAGCCUUUACCAAGCAACCCAUUCGGUCCCUCUUGAAACUGAUCCCUAUUUGGGAAGUGCGUUAGAAAAUUUCUCAGCUUUGGAUAAUUUGGAGGUGAAAACUGAGCAAUGUAGUGGUGACCAGAAUGCUUUUCUCUAUAACAACCAAGGUCCCCAACAAACCUUUGCUCCUCAUAGUUACAGAGGUGGUGAUGAAUUUGUGGCCAAGUAUAUGCAGAAGAACUACAGCAGCAACUUCUUUGAUGGAAAGCCUAGUUUUGUUUUCCAACCUAGCUUUGAUUCUCUCAUGGAAUCCCCAAGUUUUCAGACCCAAGCAGCCUCCUUGAGCUCACCUGAGAGUAGCUACUUGACUUGUCACAUGAGGAGGAGGGUUUCCAGCACUGGAGAUUUGCAAAAUUUCACGACAACUCAUAAUCCUCGAGAGAGCUCGGCCAUGGAAGACGCUGGGAACUUCAAAAUGAGUAAGUACACUGCAGAGGAGAGGAAAGAGAGGAUUUUGAAGUACAGAGCCAAAAGAUCACAGAGAAACUUCAACAAGACUAUCAAGUAUGCAUGCCGGAAGACACUCGCGGACAACCGUCCACGCAUACGUGGAAGGUUUGCACGGAAUGACGAAGCUGGUGAAAUUGACAAACCUGCAUGUUCAACAAGAGAAGAGGACGAAGAUGAUCUCUGGAUUGAAGGGUUGAAUGUCGAGGAGGAAUUGGGGGAAAGGACAGCAAGAGGACCACAACAGUUUGUGAACAACAAUUUUGGACCUCCACAAUUCGACUACUAUGUCUAUUAUCAUUGA